UUCCCCUAACUACGUUCUCUCUCCAUCUCCUUCUCUCUGUGUUUCUCUCACAUUCUAUCUCCCUUUCUUCUCUCUUGUUGAGGUUAGGGUUUUUCGAUCUCCUUCUGCGAUUCCUGGAUUCUACGUCGACGUUCAGCGGAUCAAGAUUAUCUGCUUUGUGUUUGGCUAGGAUAACUUACCCAAGCUAUAUUGCAAAUUUGCUUUGGAGUGAACAUAGUGGUGUUGGUUUUGGACCAUUUGAUGUGUGACGACUCGUGUCUUUUCCAUCAUUGUUUGAGUAAAAGGAAAGGUGCUGUUACUCAGGGAGAUUGUGCUUGGUUAGUUCAGUCUGGACAAGCUAAAUUUUAGUUUUACUUUGGAAAUUACUGUCAUUCAAAAUUAAUCCUGGGAAGGAAGUGUACACACCAUCAGAGGAGGAUUCCUUGUAUCCAUGCUGGCAGAGAGCAUGCGUGGAAUUUGUGCUUCAGGUAAUGCCCCUGUCGAGAUCUGCUGCCGAUGCAUUCGGUGUGGUGACAAUUUGCCUAGUUGCUCUCUUGAUUCUUCUUGGUUUACUUUGCAUUGCUUACUCAUUUUACUUCCGCUCUCGUGUUCGUAGUCAAGACUUUACUCAACUCACUUAUUUUAGCGGUCCUUGGAUUAUCCGAAUCACAUUCAUUUUGUUUGUAAUCUGGUGGGGUUUUGGUGAGAUUACACGGUUAAGUUUCUUGAGGCGUGACGGGAGGGUGUUGAAUGCCCUAGACUUGAAAUGGCAGGAAACUGUUUGCAAAGGCUACAUUGUCUCAAAUAUGGGUUUUGCAGAACCUUGUUUAUUCCUUACCCUAGUGUUUCUCCUUCGUGCACCCCUACAGAGGAUGGAAACAGGAAUUCUAAGUCGAAAAUGGAACGGGAGAACUGUAGGAUAUGUUCUCCUUUAUUGCCUUCCCAUUUUUGCUCUUCAGCUCUUCAUUAUUCUAAUUGGACCAAAAUUGCGUAAUAAUAAAGGCUCCUUACAAAAAUUGCCCCAUUAUUUUACAAGCACAGCUAGUCCUAUGUCAGAAAAUGCUGAUGCUGCCCUCUGCACUUACCCUUUACUAAAUACCAUCCUCCUAGGGCUUUUUGCCACCAUACUAACUGUCUAUCUGUUUUGGCUUGGAAGGCGGAUUUUGAAAUUGGUCAUCAAUAAGGGUUUACAGAAGAGAGUCUACACAUUAAUAUUCUCUGUUUCUAGCUUUCUCCCAUUAAGGGUUCUUCUACUUGGGCUAUCUGUUUUAUCUAAACCAGAGGAUUUUCUGUUUGAAGCUCUUGCUUUUGCAGCUUUUCUUGCCCUUUUAUCUUGUGCUGGGGUUUGUAUUUUCAUGAUUGUGUACUUCCCAAUUGCGGAUUCUUUGGCCCUGGGGAAUCUUCAGGACUUGGAGGCUAGGAGAAGAAUCAUUGACGAGCACAAUGACAUCAUUUCUCUCAUUGCUAACCAAAGUCAUCUUGAAGAAAGCAGUUGUUUAAGCCCUGGGAGAAACUCUGAUGCCUCAACCAAGCGUGGAUCAAUUUCCUUUCGAACUUAUGAAAGGGAUGGGACUUCAACGGGGCCAUUUGUGGAACUAAGCCUCUUCUCUCCUAGUCAAGAUGCAACCCCACCAGGAUCACCUCCACUUCUUGGUUGGCCUAUGCGUCCACCAAGGCAAGCACAGGGGUACUAAAUGCGGGCAAGGAACUGAGUACUCAUGGUGAAUAUCAAUUUUGUGGUAAAGAAAAACUGAUUGUAAAGGGUUAGUUUCAAUAAGAAUUUUUAUUCUUGGUUUGUUUUCUAAUUUUAGAUAUGUCGUGGUGGUUUUGGUUAAUGAAUUUCAUGAACCUUUUCUGUUUUUCUUCCUCCUGUAACAUUUUGUUCCCAAUUUUUCUCUUGCAUUUUUUGUUUUAAUGAAAGCAUAUACAUUAUGAUUA